AUGUUAUGUCCUGAGAGUUGCUGGAUCUGGUGCAACAGCAAAGUGGAUGCAAGCCUCGAAAUGAUGCGGCGCGGCUGGCGGGACUCGAAGGGCCGAGAGUACAAGCUGGAGAUCCAGAUUGUGCCCAUGGAUGACUUCACCAUGCACGCCAUGAAAGACCCAGGUGGUUACUUCAUGAUCGAGAUUGAUGGGCAUCGCCUGUCCCAUGGAUUCGAUCAGACGCACUACAUGCACUUCACAGCGCGGAAAGGACACUGCGGGAUGGACUUCUUCUGGAGUCACUUUUGGCCAAUGUACAAAUCGAUCCUUGGCCUUUUUCAAGCAGCCCGAGAAGCGUCAGAACCCUUGCAGGUGCUCCACGUGGAGAAGAGUUGUAGACUUUUACCUGCUGAAGAGCUGAAAGCGCUUCUCUGUGAUGCUUUGAUGCCGAGCCCAGGCGAAAGUGGCUGUGUGCCCAGCGAUCAUGCCGCCGUGCAGCGGGUCUAUGUGUGGAGGAGAAGGGCUCUACAGGCAGCUCAGAGGUUGCCCUCUGAGAAGAUGCUUGGAGGUGAAGGUCACGAAGGAGAUGAAGCCAGCACAGAUCUCUUGCAUGGCAAUUCAAGGCGAGAAGAGGACUUAGACUGGGCUUAUCAAGGAGACCUGCAAGAAGAGGCGAACGCUCCGUAUGUGGACCGCUGGCGGACAGGCAGCGUUUCCCAGCAGGACCUGGGACUGGUUUCGUCUCAUUGGAAAGGCUGA